AAUAGCCUGCAUACCCCAUACAUCCCAUCCUAAAAUGAACAGCACAGUGUCUCCGUCCGUGUUGCCUCUGGACAACAGAAGUCUCUCUGAGUCCUGUACAGUGGAACCCCAACAUGUGUCCAUCACUGUUUUCCUCCUCCUGGUUGUCCUGGUUGGUUUCUUCCUCAACAGUUUCAGUCUGUGGGUCUUCUGCUGCCGUAUACCGCAGUGGAGCUCUGGUACUGUCCUGCAGUUUCAUUUGGCUGUCAGUGACGCUGUUAUCACACCAGUUGCACCAUUAAUGGCAACAUACUUUGUUAUGGGUAGCCACUGGCCGUUUGGAGCUUUUCUGUGCAAGCUGAAGAUUGCCUUGCUGAGCAUUCACUUCUAUGGCAGUAUCAUGUUCCUAACACUCAUCAGCAUUCAUCGAUACGUGGCAGUUGUCCAGUUUAAAAGGGGCUCCUGUAUGAAACGAAAGGCGUUUGUUCAGAAUCUGUGUGCUGGAGUCUGGCUGGUUUUGCUGGCUAAGGGGAUUGCCUGUUUCUUCUCAUUAAACACAAGCCCAAUGGGAAACCGCACACAAUGUCUCAGCAUUCAUCAGGAAAAAUACAUUGACGUCUACUUCGCCAUCAACUUCGUUAUGCUCAUCCCUGGGUUCCUGCUGCCUCUCUCAGUAGCAGUGACCUGCUAUGUUCAGCUAGCAAGAUCAAUGUCUCGCAUGAAUAUCAACAUGUCCAAGGGCCGUGAUAUAAAGGCCAAGUCACGUAAAAUGGUGGCCAUGUGUCUGGUGAUAUUUGCACUGUGCUUCACGCCUCUGAACGUGAUACGAACUGUGGCUGUCAUAUUAAAGAAGUACUUUCCAGAACAAUGCAGUCUUCUCCUGCAGGUGGAGACUGCAUACUAUGUAUCCUGGAUUUUGGCUGGAGCAAACUGCUGCCUGGACCCAUUGCUUUAUUGUUUUGGAUCACACAACUUUGUCAAGGCUAUUCAUAGGUCUCUCAGAAAAUUUGAUGUCAAGUUUAAAAAAGACCCGGCCACAAAUGACCAGAUCAUCUAUGAUACUGCUAUUGAUUCUCCCUCCAUUGCCUUAGAAGACAUCCACACCCAGCAUUCGAACACGUCUUGA